UUGGACGCGGCGGCUCCUUCAGCAAGGACGCACAGCUCACACAAUCCCUUCGAAGGACAUCAGCAGCCGACAUACCGAACGACCUGCCACAACAUUCCACAACAAUCCAAUCCAAUCCAGACUUUGAGGUCCUGUAAAGCGUUUUACAUUCAGCUUACAUAAAUGCUAGAACGCUGUAAAAAUCGGCGCUAGAAACGCCAAUUAGCCAGACAUGUUAGCCAUGUUUUAGUCGGUACUUUCGCGCUUGACUUGUUUUGCAACUGUGUGCGUACGUUUGUGUGCGAGUGCCGCCCGAUUUUGUUUGUCCUUUUUUUUCUGUUGGAGUGCCGUUUUAAGCCAAGCUACUAGAGACAUACUAGCGACCAGCUAAUACAUAUUAACUUGUUGUGCCAUCGUUUUGUGUGUGCCAGUCAGCCUCUGAGUGCAUUUUCAUUAAAGUCAACAAGUUGCAGCCGCAUAAGGUCAAAUAAAAGCAGCCAGGCCAAAAUGAUGGCGACGUCACAGGAUUAUUUCGGCAAUCCGUACGCCCUCUUCCGCGGACCGCCCACAACUCUGCGACCGCGCGAGUCGCCGCUCGGCGUGGGCCACCCCCACGGCCAUGGGCACCUGCACAGCCACGCCCAUGCCCACGGGCACGGCCACGCCCACUCGCACUACGCGGCCUUGGACUUGCAGACGCCGCACAAGCGGAACAUCGAAACGGAUGUGCGGGCACCGCCGCCGCCAUUGCCGCCGCCACCGCUUCCGCUUCCGCCCGCAUCCCCUAGGUAAGCCUCCCCCCCGAAAGAGUAAAAGCACAAUGCACGAUGGGGGAGGAAGAGAGAAAGUGGAGAAAGUGGGCAGUUUAACAGCAGCUCGAAGACGAGCAAAGCACUGCAGAGAAAUCAAAUACAAAAGCCAAUUCGCAUUGGUCUCUCUGCCAUGUCUGCAAUCAACAAAAUACCAAAAAAC